AUGUGGCAUGGCAUCCGAGCCAUGUUCACUCGGGUGCAAGCCGGUGGUCCGAUAGCGAAGGCUGUCGGCGGAGUUGGCAUCAUUGCGACCGGCUUUACCGCAUGUGUUACCUCCAUGGGCUUCUUGCACACGGUGCAGCAGGCGCGCAUGGAGGACCAAGAGCGCGCACGGAGGCACUUGCAGGAAGCAGAAGAUCGCGCUCGUGUGACCGCGCGCGUGAUCCACAGCUCCUUCCACGCUGCCCAGCCCGCAGUAGAGAUCCCGCGUGAGCAGGUCCAGGCCCAGAUCAGCAGCUUGCUGGACCUGCAUGAUCGCUCCCCCCUGCUGAUCUGGGGGAAUCACCAGUCCGGCAAGAGCUUCGCCUUGUUCAAGGCAUGCAAAGAGGCAGGCUUUCACCAGGGCGUCGUCCACGUGAAGCUGGACAGCGACAAGGAGACUGCAGGAGAAAGGCUGCGCCAGCAGCUGGGUGCCCCCGGCCACGUGGAGGUCGAGGAGGCCUUGAAGCAGGCGGCAAAGACGCUGGGCCGAGUGCCUAUCGUCGUCUUGGAGAUACCCCGACAGGUGAGUGAGAUGAAAGUUCUUGCCAGCUGCUCGGGCCUCGCCAAGACGUUGGGCUACGACGCGGAGUUGGCGAAGGUGAUUGUGUUGGCGAGCAGCACCUCCAUGGCACUGAGCUUUGACGCGGAUGCCCGGGAAGUUCGGUGCCAGAUCGCAUCGCUGAGUGAGGAAGAGUGCCAGCAGCAGGAGGUCCAGGAGUUCCUCAAGCACCACGGUGGAGACGCGGCUGUCGAGCACAAAGCUGACCUUUUGCAGCUCACGGGCGGCAAUGUGGGCAAGCUCGAGGAGCUCGCCAAGGACCUAAAGAUCCAGACCUUCGAGCAGGUCCGGCAGGAAGCCAUCGGCGAGCAGGAGCAGCAGAUCCUGGACUUCCUCGGCAUCGAUGUGCAGGGUGGCUUCGGGCCAAAAGAGGUCGCAGCCGCGAAGGAGGUGGCCCGCCGUGUGGCGGACGCCCCGUUUCACCAGUGUGUCAGGGUCAAGGACUUUGGGGGCCGUUUCACCAGCAAGGACCUAGCACAGGCAGUGAAGGCGCGAGGCGCCCACUGCAUUUAUGUAAAGGCCACCACUAAGGCGGAUGAGCGGUUUUGCGCAGCGUCGCCAUCCGUGCACGCUCUUCUCAAGCAGAUGGCACCUGCUCUUGUAACUGACACGAAGCCCAAACGCUGGGGAAUCUUCUGA